AUGUUACAAAUCCAGAAAACGGUUGAAUAUUUGGUUAGACAAAAUGAAGAACUAUUUUUAUUAGAGGCUAUUAGACAAAGAAAUGUUGAAAAUAAUGAGAAAAAUAGUGAAGAUGAAAAAGUUAUUAAUUAUUGGGAUGAAGAAACUAAUUGGGAUGUUGAAAGAUUAGAGGGUUCUAAAGUGAAAAGGAAUAGGGCAGCAACUACUAGAAUUUACCAAAUAAAUAUUUUAUUAUUUUCAAUUUUUGUGAUAAUUAUUAUUAAUUUUGUUUUGUAA